CUUGAGCUUCAUCGGCCACCGUAUCCAGUUGUAAAGGAGGCUAAAGCUAAGCUAGGUGUAGGGUCACAGCUUGUCAUUGUAGUGUGUUGUGUAUCACAACCAGCAGUGAACCUUCACACAACUGGUGUGUGUUUCUGCCUCUGUUCGAACCAGUGAACUUUAUCCCCGAAGACUUUAGAUUAGUAAGCUAGCAGUUAGCUCCAGGCUAACGUUAGCUAACCUGAUCAAUCAUUAAACUCAGGAUUCUACAACCUGCGAUGUUCUCCCUCAGAUCCGCGGUCAGACAGUACCGAGGUUUGUGGCUUCCCAGUGCGUCUGUGGUCAGAGCCAUGUCGUCUCCUGCUGGUCCCACCUCUCCCUUCACCACGCUCGCCAUCAGUCACCCGGCGAAGUGCGUCACCCACGUGGAGCUGCAUCGUCCGGAGAAGCUCAACGCCAUGAACUCAGCCUUCUGGAGUGAGAUGGUGGAGUGUUUCAAUGAUCUCGCCGCAGACCCAGACUGCAGAGUCGUGGUUGUUUCUGGAGCAGGGAGGCUCUUCACAGCUGGUAUUGAUCUGAUGGACAUGGCCAGUGACGUGCUCCAGCCUCAGGGCGAUGACACGGCCAGAAUCUCCUGGAGCCUCAGAAGAAAGAUCGCCAAGUAUCAAGAGACCUUCUCCGUCAUUGAGAAGUGUCCAAAGCCUGUGCUGGUGGCCGUGCACGGAGCCUGUAUAGGAGGAGGUGUGGACCUGAUCACAGCCUGCGACAUCCGCCUGUGUACCCAGGACGCCUGGUUCCAGGUGAAGGAAGUAGAUAUUGGCCUUGCAGCAGACGUUGGGACUCUGCAGAGACUUCCUAAAGUCAUCGGCAGCCGCAGCCUGGUGAACGACUUGGCUCUGACGGCCAGGAGGAUGUACGCAGACGAGGCCAAGAGCAGCGGACUGGUCAGCCGAGUGUUUGCAGAUAAGGAGGCCAUGAUCACCGGGGCGGUGGAGAUGGCCGGGGAGAUCGCGGGUCGCAGCCCUGUCGCUGUGCAAGGCACCAAAAUCAACCUUCUCUACUCCAGAGACCACAGCGUGGCAGAGGGGCUGGACUACAUGGCCACGUGGAACAUGAGCAUGCUUCAGACCGACGAUGUGAUCAAAUCCGCUCAGGCCUCCAUGGAGAAGAAAAGCCCCAAGACCGUGACCUUCUCCAAACUCUGAAACCUCAUGAGAAGCUGCUGUCGUGGCCUUAACGAAAAACAACGUGCUCAUAACAAAUCUAAAAAACUAACAAGGAACCUGAGGAGAGGAGGAGGAGAGACAUUCAGAGAUGGAGGCGUGAACCAGUGAGGAGAUGGAUUUCAUCCCAAAGAUCUUCAAUGUUUGUAUGGAACAGCAUCUGAAAUCAGGAUGUUUCACUCUGCAUCUAAACUAGGACUUGAUCGUCCUUCAUGUGUGGAUGAGGAGUCUUAACGUUUCAGGUGAAAGUGAGUGACAGACGUCAGUGAAGCUCACUCACCUGCUUAGACUCACUCACUUUAACAUUUAAAUAACAUCCAGUGUUUUUCAUCUGUAAAUGACCUCAUGAAUGUUUUCUUAUUAAAAAGACACUCAUCUGAAA